CGAGUCGUCAUCCGAAAAAUAGGUUCUUCAAUCCGCUCUGUGUCUGUGUGAGACUAGCACCAAUACCGGUCAUAGUCGGUUCAUCAGGAGAAAUGGUGUGUCUGAAUCUCAGCUCCUCUACCUUCGUUCUACAUGUGCAGAAAGAAGCACUCUAUUUCCUAAUGUCAAAUCGACUCUAACGAGGAUGAGACCACGAGUAUAAGAUGAGACAUUGUGUGGCAAGAUCGCCUGUCAAGAUCCUAGAUGAAGGAAACACGGUUCGUAUGGUUAGUUAUAAAGCGUGAAAAAGAUCCUGAAAUGACAAUGAAUUCAAUCUCGAUCGCUGUUCUUCAAAAAUUUUUUGAGAAAUCAAGAUCCUGAAUCUGAUCUCAGUGCACCGUGCUGGCUUGUCGCUUCGUUGUCGUCGUUGGUGACUGCGAUGGUCUAGCGGCGUCGUAGUGAGCGUGGUUUGUUAACGGUCGGUAAAGUCGUCAACAUGAUGUACGUUUCUGGAUGAAGAUGUAGCUACUCAAUGUAGUCCAUCGAGGUCGUGUUGAUGCAUUUUUUCAGAUUUUUUACCUUUGUUAAUCCGAGCAUGCAUCCCAAUUCCAACAACAAACCAUCUGCAGGACUUGCAACGAUAUUUUUUUUUUUGUAAAGUUUCUCUUUGUAUUUUCAUGUCGAACGACGCCCACGCGAUAAAAGAACUAGAUCUUUAGAAAUUUAUUUGAGCAACCUUACUCAACAAACUACUUACCUCCAGUUUCCCUUUUUUUAGAGCUUCAACUUACAACUGACUAUCAUCUGCUACAUUUGGUUCCUCCAGCCUAUCCGUAUGUAUGUUGGUAGCCCAACGACCCUAAAUCUUAAACAAGAGAAAAAGAUGGUGAUCCCCACGUUGGACUUGCUCCAACGUGCACUCUCCAUGAAUGUUCAUUCCUCUUCGAGAAGAAUUGACGGUGACGAUGGAUACAAUUCGACUGAAGACGAGUGGCGCAGAUCGGUCAGCCUCAACGACGCAGGGAAGUAUGUAGAGCGUAGCUGCCACGAACACGAAGAGGCAGAAUUUGACGUUCUGGAAGUUAAUACCGACGAAGAGGACAACGACAUCGACAAUGACAAUCUUCAUAUCACCGGUACUACUCGUCGGCCCACCACCUCCAACGAUGUUUUCAUGACCACUUCUGAAGAACUAGAAGAGGGAAGAAAAACGCCAAUUUCCUCGUCGAAUACGCGAGCGCCAUCUCCGAGUACGACAGGUAGUUCAUUGAGUACGCACCGUUCGAACCGCAUUGAUUUGCAAUUAUCUUGUUCUUCUUCGCGAGCUUCCUCGUCAAGAAAACAUCUGAGUAUCCAAGGUCUCCGAGAUCUUGAAAGACAUGAAAGAGAAAGAGAAGCUGUAACUGGCGCUGGCACGACCGCUACCACGACUACAACAUCUAUCUCCGAAGAUGCUAGUGAGUGCGAUUCCCUUGUUGAUUCAGGCGAAGACAUCUCCCCGAGUAGUAGCAUUGCCUCCCCGAUUUCAGUCAGAUCCCAGCCGACCAACGCUGAUGACGAUGUAGGUACUGGCAAGCACAUGUCGUGCGACGAAUUUCUUGCUAAUCUGCGUGCUUGCAAACAGAGGACGGAACAACUACGAACUGGACGACGAUUAGAAGAAUACCAACACAGUUCCAGUUCCUGUACAUCAACUUCCAAUACUGCUAAACAUCAAAGUAAUUGUAAUAAAGCAGGAUUUUCGAGCACGAGAAGUACUCCAGCCGCCGUCCGCUGUAGUUCUAGAAGAAGACGUGAAAAAGAAAUCAUGUCCUCCAGUCAAGGAGGCCGAAGCAGUGCUAGUACUAUAGCACCUGGAGGUAGCGGUGGGAAUAGUAAUGUUUCUACUGCUGAAAAAAGAAGAAACUCCGUCGGAACAAGGAAUGUUCAAUGGACACCAGAAAAAAAGUAUCGCAAUAGUGCCACCCCACUUUGGUACUUCGGUUUUGGCAGCAAUGUCAAUCCGGAAAAAAUGAAGCAGGCUCGGAAAUUACGUCCCCUUGCUUCCGCCGCCCGCGCGGUGCUCCCAGAUUAUUCGCUUACGUUCACCCACAGCGUGUACGGCUACGGCACCGUGAUCCCGAGGACAGAGUUUGAUAGACGUGCCAGUUCGUACGAAGCGAUAUCAUCUGCUUCUUCAAAAAGUUUGUCGGAAAGUACACCUUCGCCCACACCCUCCUCAGCAUCGAAUUUUUCAACGAACAUUUCAACUCCAGCUCUUUCUACCACCACAACUCCAAGUCCCGACAGAGCAUCCGAAGCAGAGACGCCGAAUAAAUCCUCCACGACGAAUCCGCGUGAGGUUCACGGAGCACUGUGGCUCCUUUCGCCUGCUGACUUCGACAUUCUCGUGCAAAGUGAGUAUUUUUACGAUGUGAUUGAGGUCGAAGUGCAGGUGUACGCUGAAGACGCAGAUCUGGUGACGCAAGUGGAAAAGUCGCAUAAUCUCGUUUACAACCAAAGAGGUCAAGAAAGUUCUUCAGCUUGGAAAACGGUACGCGCUUUGACUUUUGUCACCUCCAGACACGUGCCGGAAGCUCGCGCCGCCCCAGGCACGAGACCGACAGCACGCUACAUAUCUCUUAUUAGCGACGGGGCACAGGAAAUUGGGCUCCGAGGUUCCUACUGCAAUUGGCUUCAAACUAUCAAGCCGUGUGAUCGAAGCCAAUACUCCUGA